AUGACUGCUGAACUGAAAGCCCUUCGUGAUAUAAUUUCCGCGUCCAUCGAUAGAAUUGACCAGGUCUGCGCUGCGGCCGGCAAGGAUUUCCCUUCCCUUGACCAGCCUGUCCAGUUUUCGGAGUUCACCCCUGACGGGAUCCGCAACCACCCCCAGGUUGCAGAAGCGAUCGGCCCAGCAGUAGCUGCUGCAUUCCAGCUCAUCCAGACACUCCAGCCUCCUCCUGUUACACUCACUACAUCUGCAUUCAGGCACACGCUGCCCCUCGCACUCGGCGUCGCGGAAAGGGCAAAUGUUGCCGAGAUUAUCAGAUCCGCAGGACCAAAGGGAUUGCAUGUCAACGAGAUUGCAUCCAAGAGCAACAUCGACCCCAAGAAGCUCGCACGCAUCCUCCGUUUCCUCGCUACGAACCAUUGGUUCAAGGAGGUUGCGCCAGAUGUUUUCGCAACUAACUUGUUGUCUUCGCUUCUUGACACUGGAAAGGAAGUGACCCCCGACUUCGCUGUGAACAAACACAAGGAAACACCUGGGCUUGCUGCAAUCGCAGGAUAUGGUGCCGACGAGCCUUUCAAAGCACUUGCGCAAUUCCAAGACGUCAUAUUUGACCCCAAGACAGCAUUCUCAGAGGAGGUCAAUGAGACAGGCCUCCAAAAGGCACUCGGCAUAGAACGAGACCAGUGGACAUAUUACGACUCUCCUGAGGGACGCUAUCGCGGAAGUCGCUUUGCCGCUGCGAUGUCGGCCAGUUCGAAGCUUCAUCCACCUCAGGCCGUUUUGACCGGCUUCAAUUGGGAAUCAGUUCCCAAGAACGGUCUAGUGAUUGAUGUCGGAGGCGGGGCCGGCCACGUCGGAUUGGAAAUUGCAAAGGCAUUCCCUGGACUGAAUGUUGCCAUCGAGGACCGCCCAGUGACCCUGGAAAGCGCGAAAAACUACUGGAAAGCGAAUCUACCGUCACACAUCGAGUCGGGCAAAGUCCACUUCGUCGGAUGCGAUUUCUUUGAGCCACAACCGGCGUUGCCCGCUACUCCUGAUGUUUUCUUGUUGCGUAUGAUUCUCCACGACUGGUCGGACAAAUACUGCAUCAAACUGCUUCGCAACCUCCGUAAUGCUGCCGGUCCAGACACGAAACUCGUUAUCAUUGACAGUAUCAUCAGCUAUGCGUGCGAAGCACCGCUGAAACCAGGUUCUGAGGCUGCACCGAGUCCACCGAAGCCGCUAUUACCAAACCUCGGCGGUGCAAACUUGCUUGCGUACGAGGUCGACAUUGUGGUCAUGUCUUGCCUCCACUCAGCGGAACGUACCGCCGAUGGUUUCCAGAGUGUUGUCGAAGCCAGUGGCUGGAAACUCGUUGAAAUUCGCAAGAAUCCUGCGAGUAAGAUAUGGUGGCCAUCCAUCAUUUGCGUGCCUGCAUAGACCUUUUCAUUUGAUUACUGCCGGUCGGGUAUACAUCGGACAUUGUGUCAGAUCAAUGACUACUGUGGUGAUUGUUCUGUGUUUGCUUGUAACAAAUGUAACUCCUGUAAAA